CUUAGCACUCUUUCCCUUUUAUCUCUUACGUAGCACGCUUCCCCAUAAUUCCAGAAAAUUUACUAUACAUAUAUAUAUAUAACUGUAUAUUGGGAGCUCGAAAGCUGCUGCAUUUCAUUGUAGGUGCUUGAGAUUGAUGAUGGAGACGAAUUUGGAGGAAGCUGAGGAAAAAGUUCCAAAAGCUGAGCUUGUUUACGAUAGAGAGGUGGAAAAAUGUCGAUGUGGUGAAUUAGAAGCGAGGAGCAAGAAAGCCGAAGCACGGUGUCUGGAGCUUGAAUUGGAGAUUCGAAAGAGGAAGAGCGGGUAUGAAGCUCUUGAGACUAAAGUUAGGACAUUGGAAGUCGCUAAGCUUGCACUUGAGGAUGAAAUCAAGAUCUUGAAGUGCCCAAAUAAUGAAGUUAGUGAUCGAAUAAGCCAUAUCGGUGAUGAAAGGGUUGUUGGUUAUGGAGAGAAAGGGUUGAUUGAGGGAGCUGUUAAUCUGACCGAGGAGAGUGAUGAGGAAGACAAGGUUUUUCAGCUGAUGGCUGAGAAUAAGGUUUUGGAAUGCGAGAAAAGUACGGCAGAGAACGAGGCUGAGGUCUGGAAGCGAAAGUUCAAGGAAUUAGAAUCAUUGACAUCACAGCUGCAAAAGAGCUUGGUUUUGAAAACCGUAGAGCAGCCGUUCGAUACGAACAACCCUGAUGUGAACAAAACAAAUGGUGGAUCCACCUCAAACGACAUGUCGGUAAUAGUUGGAGCACCGAGUAUAGUGGAUUCUGUACCUGCUCUGAUUUCUCCUGGUAAAGGCACUGGAAAUCUGCAACCAGCUGGGACGCCUUCUAAUGGCACACCUUAUAAGGGUGAUUACAGGACACGGAGUAGUAAACGAGUUAAAAGACCGUUGUCGUUUCAAGGGGAAAGAAGCCCCAAUAAACAGAUGGCUCCUUCCACUCCAGCAGGUGUUAAACUUGCUUCGGUUGGCAUUAUCGAUAUUCAUGAUAGUGAUGAUGAACCUGCUGUGGAUAGUAACCUUUUAAGUAAGCACGAAUUAGAAGGAACUGUGGAUUGUGAAAAUGGAACUGGGGCUAUCGUCGAAUGGAACCAAGAAGAAAAAGAGGGUAGUUAUGUGGAUAAUGUUUCGUUUGUUUCAGUUCACAAAAGAAAACGAGCCUUUAAUAUUGUUACUAGUGACUCGGAGAGUGAUAAAGACAAUGUUCCAAUUGGGGAGCUCAGGAGGAUGCUAUGCAAGGAAGUGGUUCCUGCUGUUACUACCCCUGAAAUUGACAAAGGCAGAGGCACUUUCACUACUCGAAAGCGGAGACUAGUAUUAUGCAGUCUAUCUGAAGGAAAAGAGAAAAAUUGCUCAUCAAGAAACAAUAGUGGAAGUAGAUUCAUCGAAGGAACCCCUACAACUAAGGAUGUUGAAGAUGAUGACUCAGAUGGGAUCGGGCCAGAAAGUAAUAGUGAAAGUCAUAGUCUGAAUGGUUUCAUUGUUAAGGACUCUAACACUACGGAUUGUGACGAUAGUUGUAGCGAAUUACAAGAUGGUUCUGAUCGUGACAAUGCUUGUAGUGGACAGGAAGAUGUUUCUGGUGGCUGUGGGGCAUGUAGUGACUCGAAAGAUGCUUCAGAUGAUGAAGUGGACUUUGAUGUGAUUCUCUCUCAAAUUAGAAGGAACAAGGAUCAUAAAUCAGAUUGGAAAUUUGAGGGAGAGCUACUUGCAGCCUUUGGCAAGGAUCCGGAACUUUGCAUGAAGGCUGUAUGUGCUCUCUACAGGCAGCAAACAUCGGGGGAGAAGCUUUCCAAGGCAACAUUAUGCCAAAAUCAGAGAGGUUUUAGUAAAUUCGAUGCUUACAGGGGCUGUACUUUGGCAGAGUUUCUAACUGAUGGUGACCCGAAAGGUGAUGUAAAGAAAUCUGUGGAGGAGUUGGAAGCAUAUGAUCCGAAUGGAGUCGAGCUGUGCAGAAAUCUCGCAACCCGAUACUCUAAGCAACUGUUUGGGAUCUACAAAAGCAAAGAGGACCCAUAUUUUCUUCAUCCUUAAUCUUCCCUGCAACUGAUCAAUUCAAAGAAAGCACGUGCUCUAGUGCUGGGGAAACGAAACUCCGUUCUCUUCUCUGUAUGAAUCCGCUAUCUUCAAGUGUUACGUGAACAUAUGUAAUCUGCAUAAAAACGUAACAUGUGUGGAACUGCCCUACAGCAAUAUCAUAGUAUUUAUUGUAAGGGAAAAGUUGCACUGAAAAGAUAGAAGCUUAGAGGCUCCUUAGGAUGUUAACUCUGCUUCAGUGCGUUGAAGGC